AUGAUAUUAGGAUGGCACAGAGCAGUGGAUAUGGCACCGCUCCAAAACUCAGCUGAUAAGGUGGACGUAGAUCCCAAGUCAUCGAAAUCCUCUGAUUGCAUCACUGACGCUGGACCUGGAAACGUUCUUGCCCUCUCGAAAACCGAGGGAAGAACCUUGUGCAUACCUCGUGGCCGAUCUUCAAGGCACAGGUCGGGUUUGUAUCACCCGGAAAAUCACAAGGAGCAGGGAGCUGCAAUACGUUCUGAACUUUCAUUCAAAGGAUCCAAUAGCAAAGCUGAACCGGACAAACAGACCAACCUCAGUAAUUACCCCCUGGGCACCCUAAUCCCACCAGAGGUGCUUCAAAAGCGGAUCGCCGAGCACGAGAGUGAACAAUCCUUUGAGGCACUUCGCCGCAAAGUCGAGAAGGAGGAUGAAGAAUGGCGACGCAAGGAGGAGAUGGAGCGUCUCAUUGCGGAGCGUCGAGGAUGUCUUCAAGAUCAUGGAGUUGACCAUCAAUUAGGAAUUCUCAAUUUCCAACUCAUUUAUGACGUUAAUCGCGAGGCCUUGAGAGUGACCUUGUUGGGAGCCAAUCACCUGCGUCCACGGGAUCCUCUUGAGGUGACGUUGAAUGCACGAGUUGCCGUGACUGUGGAGAGCAGUGGAAGCAAUAAACAAGUGAUCCGACCACAGCCAAAGUUGAGUAUGCUAAAUAAGCUCAACUCCAACCGUAAUAUGAUCUACCGUCCAAAUGGGGAUCACAGGGUCCCUGGGAAAACACACACCGCUGAUGCUUCCUCUUCCUCAAUCUACUGGAGAACUCGCAAACCUGUGUGGAAUGAAAAUUUCGUCUUUACUGGGAUUCAAAAUCGACAACUAAAACACCUGGAGGUGGUUUUCAAGGUGUUUGAGCGUUAUCCCACCAAACCUCCAGAAGCACCGAGGGAGGACUUCAUUGGAGAAGUGAGGAUUCCGUUGGUUAAACUCCACAAAAAAUUAACCGGUAGUAGUAAUAAAAUGGUACCCGAAAAGCCACUACGACGUCUGAAAGUUACAGGUGUUCAAGAGCCUGAAGGCAACACAGACCAACAGAAUGGAGAGGAGGAGGAGCAAAGAGUGGAGAUUGAAUUGCCACGAGAAAAGCCUUUGGCAGAGAAGGAGGCCGUAGCUAGAUGGCUUGAAGGCACGAUUUCUCCGAUACCUGGACAAGAUGCAGAGAUGGAAGAAUUGCAAUCUAUAUGCAAUAGCGAGGCUGUUCGUGAAGAACUGCAAGAUCCAGAGCUCAUGGACAGCGUCUCAGUUCGAGAACUGCGCGUAGCCAAAGCAGAAAUGAAGACGCACUUGGAUACUAUAAGGGAGUUAGCUAUACCUCCAUUCAUUCCAAAAGCAGGGAAGACGAAUCAAUAUGCGAAUUUGCAAAAUGAGUAUGAAGACUCGGAAACGGAGUUGCCGGAGUCCGAAAGACCUUUCAUUAUUCGCAGACUGGAGGGAUGGCAUUUCAUCAAUCGUGUGCCCGAGAUGCGUCCCUACUAUGGCACGCUGGAGAUUGGGUUGAAUUUCGAUCCCCAUCAGGGCAAGAUUAUAAUCUCCAUCAUCAAAGGCAAGGAGAUGCGCGCCCCGAACGGCAGUCUAAUGCAGUUGUGGGUAAGUGUACAGCAGAAGACGCGCAUCUGCAAGAAGUCCUCGCCCUUCUCGGCCGUAGGAUCAAUACGCUUGGGAUCCAAGACAAAAGCCUCCGGUAAAGAGCCUGUAGCAAUAACCGAGAAGGUGGGUAAAAUCCAUCGAACUUCGGUGAGAACCGAAACCGCUGAACCAGUGUGGGACAGUCGGUUCACAUUCAAUGUGCCCAAGGAGCAGUUGCAAAUUGUCUUCUUUGACAUCCUCGUGCACAAUCAAGAAGCUGUAAUCGGGGGUCUGAGAAUGGGCCAUUCGGGGAUCUAUAGGGCCUCGCAACAGUGGGCCGAUAUGAUUCAACGACCUGAUCGACGUCUCUGGGAGCCCACAGUGGCUGAAAAUUCGGCGCAGCACUUAUAG